GGCAGUGUCGAGGUGUCGAGUUUCUGUACUCCGUAGCGCUGUCUAGAACCAGGCAGCAAGCAGCGUCACGAUAGGCCGCAACAGCCACCCAACCACGCGCCGCGGAGGCUACGGGCUGCAGAAAAAUAAAGCCGAGGAGGAGACCCCCCGUCUUGAGUUUCUCUAAUCAAGAAAUAGAGACUGAAAUCCUUUGAAAAGUCGAGGCAAAGUGGAAUUAAUCUUGUGUAUGGUUUUGGGAAGCUCUUUACAGAAAUGGCGAAAACAUGUGCGGAGGUUUGACGUGUGUUUAACUGGCUUUAUGCCGUUUUUAUGAGGGGAUCAAAAACUUGUCUGGCAACGGAGAGAGCCAGUGAGAAAGACGGAGCUUCUGUUCAGAAAGAUCUGAGACUGAGGGGGCAAGGAAGAAGGCAGUACAUCGUGGAGUCGUCAGACUAGGGAUGGCAGGUCUGGCCCCAGUGUCUGCGACGCGUGAGGACCAGGCCCCGAGCUGCGGAGCAGGCAGCUGAACCCCACCGGCGCUCGGGCAGAAUGACGCAGCAGGGGAGGCCCUAGCAGACCAAGCCAAGAGGAAGAAGCUGAAGAGGAAGAAGAAGAUGGGUGUCAAUGCCUCCAGCUACCCGCACUCGUGCUCCCCUCGCAUCGGGGGCAACUCGCAGGCCCAGCAGACCUUCAUAGGCAGUAAAGAGUUCCGUGGAUAUGCCGAUUUCCGCUUUCCCUCUGCCAGCCUAGGGACGUCGUCGUACUCCCAGCAGGGCUACGGCUGCGAGCCCAAGCUCUACAGCCUGGAGCACGGCCACGACAAGCCCCAGGACAAGAAGAAGAAGAGCUCGGGCCUGGCCACGCUCAAGAGGAAGUUCAUCAAGCGGCGCAAGUCCAGCCGCUCGGCCGACCACGCCAAGCAGAUGCGGGAGCUGCUGUCGGGCUGGGACGUGCGGGACGCCAACGCGCUGGUGGAGGAGUACGAGGGCACCGCCGCCCUCAAGGAGCUCAACUUCCAGGCCAGCCUGGCGCGGCCCGAGGCGCCCAGCCUGCAGCGCGACCUGGCCGCCCUCUACCAGUACAAGUACUGCACGGACGUGGACCUGAUCUUCCAGGACACCUGCUUCCCCGUGCACCGCGCCAUCCUGGCCGCCCGCUGCCCCUUCUUCAAGACGCUGCUGUCGUCCUCGCCCGAGUACGGCGCCGAGGUCCUGAUGGACAUCAACACGGCGGGCAUCGACAUGCCCAUGUUCUCGGCGCUGCUGCACUACCUGUACACGGGCGAGUUCGGCGUGGAGGACUCGCGCUUCCAGAACGUGGACAUCCUGGUGCAGCUGAGCGAGGAGUUUGGCACGCCCAACUCGCUGGACGUGGACAUGCGCGGCCUCUUCGACUACAUGUGCUACUACGACUCCCUGCUCAGCUUCUCCUCCGACUCCGAGCUGGUGGAGGCCUUCGGGGCCGGCGGCGGGGGCGGGGCCGGGGGCGGGGCCGGCUGCGGCGUCGCCGGGGGGCAGGGCUGCCCGGAGGAGGAGCUGCGGGCCCACAAGGCCGUGCUCUCGGCCCGCUCGCCCUUCUUCCGGAACCUCCUGCAGCGGCGCAUCCGGACGGGCGAGGAGAUCACGGACCGCACGCUCCAGACGCCCACCCGCAUCAUCCUGGACGAGUCCAUCAUCCCCAAGAAGUACGCGCGGGUGAUCCUGCACUGCAUGUACACGGACGCGGUGGACCUGUCCUACGUGCUGCCCUGCAGCCCCUCGGUGGGCAGCCUGAGCGAGGUGCAGGCCCUGGUGGCCGGGAAGAGCAGCAUGACCCGCGCCGAGGAGGCCAUGGAGCUCUACCACAUCGCCCUCUUCCUGGAGUUCAACAUGCUGGCACAAGGUUGCGAGGACAUCGUGGUGGAGAGCAUCUCGCUGGACUCGGUCAUCACCAUCCUGAAAUGGAGCUCGCAGCCCUACGGCUCCAAGUGGGUCCACCGGCAGGCCCUCCACUUCCUGUGCGAGGAGUUCAGCCACAUCGUGACCUCGGACGUCCUGUACGAGCUGAGCAAGGAGCACCUGCUCACCGCCAUCCAGUCCGACUACCUGCAGGCCAGCGAGCAGGAUAUUCUCAAGUACGUCGUCAAGUGGGGAGAGCACCAGCUUAUUAAGAGAAUGGCAGACCGAGAGCCCAACCUGCUGAGCGGCACGGCCCACAGCGUCAACAAGCGCGGCGUGAAGAGGAGGGACCUGGACCUGGAGGAGCUGAAGGACAUCCUGUCCCCGCUGCUGCCCUGCGUCCGCAUCGAGCACAUCCUCCCGGCCCACAGCGAGGUGCUCUCCGACGCGAUGAAGAGGGGCCUGAUCAGCACCCCUCCCUCGGACAUGCUGCCCACGGCGGAGGGGGGCAAGGCCAACGCCUGGCUGCGGCAGAAGAGCGCGGGCAUCUACGUGCGGCCCCGCCUCUUCUCGCCCUACGUGGAGGAGGCCAAGUCUGUCCUGGACGAGAUGAUGGUGGAGCAGACGGACCUGGUGCGUCUGCGCAUGGUGCGCAUGUCCAACGUGCCCGACACCCUCUACAUGGUCAACAACGCUGUUCCGCAGUGCUGUCACAUGAUCAACCACCAGCAAAUCAGCGGCAGCCAGGCCGUCCCCCCGUCUGUGGUGGCCAAUGAGAUACCAGUGCCCAAGCUGUCGGUGGUGCGGGAGAUGAUCCGGAGGCUGCAGGAGCUGCGGCACACGGACCAGGUGCAGCGGGCGUACGCGCUCAACUGCGGCGAGGGCGCCACCGUCAGCUACGAGAUCCAGAUCCGCGUGCUCCGGGAGUUCGGCCUGCCCGACGGCGCCGCCGAGCUGCUGCAGAACCCGCACAAGUUCUUCCCGGAGGAGCGCUUCGGAGACGAGAGCCCGGUGCUGGCCCUGCGCCAGGCGGGGCGUUGCCGGGUCAACAGCACCCCGGCGGUGGAGAGCAUGUACACCGACGUGGACGCGCUGGCCAGCUUCCACCCGCCGCUGCCCCCGCCCCCUCCGCCCUACCACCCGCCCACCACGCCCAGCCACGCCCAGCUGAAGGCGGGCUGGAGGCCCCGGGCCCCCAGCCAGCCCCCGUCCCGCUCCUUCUCCUACCCCUGCAACCACACCCUGCUCCAGCGCCACCCCUCCUCCAAGCACAGCAGCCCCGCCUACCCGCCCGACUGCACCAACCCCCAGGGCGGGGGCCGGACCCUGCACCCCGACAAGCAGGGGCAGAACAUGGAGCCGGUGAUCAACGAGUUCAUGCCGGACAUCGCCAUGGGCGUCUCAGCCAUGAGCCUUAAGGAGCGGCGGAUGGCCGAGGCGGCGAGCGACGGCGAGGGCCGCGACCCCCACUCCAUCGCCUUGACGACGGGCCCCGCGCCCCACUACCCCACGGGGCCCUGCCCCCCCGGCAGGCACGGCCACGCCUCCUGCAAGAAGCACGCAGCGGAAGCCAAGCCCGAGGCCAGGCCCGAGUAUCCCGACCUGUACGACUUCACCUGCCGCCCCGCCACGCCGGGCUCCGCCCCCCCGCUGCAGGGCCCCUACGCCGGCCCCGACCUCUACAGCCACAGCCGGCCCCCCGCCGGGCCCCACCCGCCGUCCUACGCUCCCGACGCGCACCCCCCGGGCCACGCCCCCCCCGGCCGACCGGGCGACGCCCUGCGCCUGGACAUGCUGGAGCAGCCCCCCCAGCGCCUGGACCUGGCGCUGGCCACGCAGGGGGGGGGCGGGCUGCAGGGGGGUGGGAGCGGCGGGGGCCACGUCCCCAGGGGCCGCUCCCGCAACGAGUCGGACCUCACGUGCGGCCUGGGGCCCUCCCGCUCCCCGAGCGCGGGCCUGGACGCCUACGAGGACCGCCCCCCUGCUCGCAGGCCCACCCCCGAAGGGAUAGGGGGUGGAGGGGAGCCCCCGGGGGGCCUACUGCCCCACAGGAACAGUGCCGGUGAAGAGGCCGUCGCCAGCAGGGACCGCAGGUCACCCAACAAGCCCGAGUACCCUUACAAGAAAUCUGCACUUUGACCCCGGGGGCGGGGCGGAGAGGGGUGGGCGGGACUGAAGGGAAGGAGGAGGCGACUCUGCUCCUUUCCUCUGCAGACAGGGGAGCUCCGACCGGUGCACACACACCCCUCAGAGGACUCCGGCUGUAAGGCUCUAAGCACAGGGGGACCCGCUGAGGCUGCUGGGACAGGCCCCUCGGGCUGCGUCGCACGCCUCAACACGGCGCCGUGGAAGGGCGGCUUUGAUUGGGAGGGCCGCUUGCCCGGCGGCGGUGGAGCUAGGCCCCCUAGCGGGGUGUUAGCUGGGCCCCCGCGCGGGCGCGCGGCUCGCCGUCGCAUGCCCACACUAACCUCAGCACAGCCGCUCGGCCGCAAGCCAGCCCAGCCGCGGAGUGCACUUUAACAGAGAAGCGCCGCCUUUUCUGUCUUUUUUAUUUUCUCCCUCCCCCUCCAGCCCCCAAGGCCACAGAGCAGGGUGAUGUUGACACUCCCGGCCCCUCUGAUUGGCUUAUUGAUCCUCUCUAUGGGCUCUUUCCAGUCGCUUAUUUUACCUCCUUGCAACCUUUCCCUGCGUCCUUGUCUCGCUUCCUUAGCUCCACCCAGUGGAGGACGCAAGGAAAGGAGGCAAGGACUGAGGAAUCGAGGAAACGUGUAUUAGGCAAAUGGAAAGUCCUUGCUCAGUGAAGUGUCAGUUUGAAGCCAUGUCAGACAUGGCAGAUGGGGAGAGGUGGAUCCACAGGUCAAUCGUUCAUGUCUCAAAAAAUACUUUCACAAAGGAUGCACUCCUUUCUCCUUGCUCAAGCGUCCUUCGGGAGCCUCCCAGCUCCUCGCUCGUAACUCCUUCAAGGAGCAUUUAACAGGUUGGAAUGUCCUUCAGGGCGGCGGACCUCGAUCAGUUUCCAGGUCAGUCGAGGACCGAGGAGAGGAGGACGGAUAAACUGAGCGAUUGGAAAGAGCCCGUAUGCCCUCGGCGUUAUCCGCCUUCCCAUGAUCCUCCCUCCCACAGCCCUCGCUUUCCAUUCAUUAUUUCCUUUCUUCCAGUACCAUAAUUGCAUCCCAGGCUAACAACUAAAUAAUAAGAGCAUAACAAAAGGCUAGACUUUCAACAAUGUGCAGCAGCCGCGUAAUAUUUUCAGUAGUUUUUUCUUGAUACUGGGGAAGAUAAUAUGUGCUUUUUUUUUUUGUUUGCCCGCAGUUUCCUCAGCUCGGUAAUGAAUAGGAUUUGCGGGUUAUUGUCCUGCCGUUUUCUAUUGUGCCGCGUUCGUCCUGCGAUGCACGGCCUCCCGUGUGAUGGAAGUAAUACCGCCGAGCGCUAGUUGGCUAAGGUUUGCCAGUAAUUCAAGGUUUGAUAAGGGGAACCCUGAAGGGCUCAAAAUGAAAUAAUAAUGAUUAUUUUUUUAAUUCCCCUCCUGGCCGAGAGAUCGUGUUUUUGCCAGUGCUGUGAGUGUGAGGGAAACGGGCACGCCGGUGGAGCUGGCUGGCUUGUUGCUGAGCAGCGGGGACGGCGGUGGAAUCGGAGCCAGCCUGUCUCUCGUUAUUCCCAGGGUGCCGUUCUCCGGCCCUCCGCGCGUUAUCGCAGCCUGAGACGGCGCGCUGCCCCAGGGGCUCCCAGCCGCGCACUCCGAUGAAGCGCGGCCGGGCCGGCGGACGUGAUUUUAUUAUCGUGUUGCGCUGCGCGUUAACCCCGCCCGCUGUCCCGUCGACAUCUGAGCUGAGAAACCCUGUAACGCACGCCUGGACGUGGCAAAGCCAUCCGACCGACCUCAGCCAAGCCAGCCCCGCCGCGCCCCCCCCCCCCGACCGCGGUCAGAGAGGCCCGCCCCUGACAGAGGUCGCCCUUCGUCGUCUCCGGACUCCGUGCCGAAGCUCGCAGCUGCGCGAUCGGGAGAAACGAUAACGAUCGUAAUGAUGUCAGCCCGGAGCCCGCUGACGAGGGGAGGGCCGGCCCCUCUUCUGGGAGCUGUGCCCCUCCAGGCUUUUCUCCAGUGGUUACAGCUGG